UUGAGCUGAGGGCGGGGCGGCGUGGGUUUUUUGGUCAUCUCUGGGUCCUAACGCCUAGCCUGUCCCACCGUCAAUCCCCACCUAGCCCGGACUCCGCUAUUAGUGCCUGCCGGCCGGUCCGGCACUACCGGCCACUGCUCCCCAGCGCUGCUGCCCCGCAGAGGUUUUAAUAUAUCCAUAUGAUGCAAAGAGAAGAGUUAUCUUUGAAGUGUCUCAGUUUCUGUAAAAGAAUAUAAUUGAAGAUUAUGUUUGUUAUCCGGACACUAUAAAUAUAAAAGUUGGAGAUUUGUCAUAAUGAAUUCUACCCCUCCAAUCAGUUACACUAUUCCUGAAAUCAAACGCCUACACUGUAUCCAGAGUGAGUUGAGGCUACUGCAAAAUAGUAGUCAGUCAGAGCUGGAUGUUACUGAAGAUCUGAGAAGAAAACUUCAUCAAGCCAAAAAAGAAAAACUGGAUAUAACCACUAAACAUAACCAAGAUCUGUCCAACUAUGAAAGCCAGAUUGCCAGGUUGCGAUCUGAAGUUGAGAAAGGAGAGGCCAUUCGACAAAGUCUGGAGUAUGAACUUGUCAUUGCCAGAAAAGAUGCUGGUCUUGAAAGAUACUCCGCAGAGGAAAAGUUAUGUGAAGCUAGCAAUCGAUUUCAGCAGCUGCAAGCCAUGAAUGCAGAGCUUCAACAGAAAUUGGCUGAGACCGAGAAAGUGUUUCAUAUUUCUCAGCAAAAUUGGAAGGAACAGCAGCAAAGACUUACAAAUGACUUGGAGGAGAAAGAUAACAUCCUCAAGACCUGUAAUAGUGAAUAUGAGUUACUUCUGAAGGAGAGGACUAAACUGGAAAACGUUAUACAGGAGACUCUGGAGCAUCACAAGGAGCAGAGGAAUAUGAUGGAAUUGCAAAUCAGAGAGACAGCAUUAAAGGAGUUCAAGUUUCAGAUAGAGCAGUGUGAAGCAGAAAGGAGAGAGUUCCAGUUUAUGUUGCAGGAACGGAACAAUGCACUGCAGAAUAUGCAUAAGAAAAUACAAGAUCUGGAAUUGGAACAUAAUGACUGCACUGACAUUCUCCGGCGACAGGCCAGUGAACUUGAAUACAGUACUGAACGAGAGGAGAGACUUAAAAAAGAUCUUGAGGCAGCUACUGUGAGAGUGAAGAAAUUGGAAGAAAAUAUUGAGGCAGAGAGAGCAGCACAUCUGGAAUCCAAAUUUAAUUCUGAAAUUAUCCAGUUAAGGAUUCGAGACCUUGAAGGAGCUUUGCAGGUAGAAAAAGCCAGCCAAGCAGAAGCUCUUUCUGAUUUGGAAAUGAUCAGGAAAGAGUUCAAAGAGGUGGAAAACGCAUAUGAGAGAGAAAAACGUAAUGCCCAAGAGAGCUUGGAAAAACUCAAUGUAUUCGAAAAAGAAUAUUUUUCUACAAGCAAGCAACUAAAUGAAGAGAUUGAGGAAAAGAAGAAAGUAAUUACAGACCUCUCUGAGAGACUCCAGGAUAAUGAAAAAAGUUGCAAAGAAUUACAGGAGGAACUUGCAAAGGCCAAGAAACGCCAGGCCUUCCUAACAGAGAUGUGUGAAAACAACGUGAGAGAACUGGAGUUACUCUUGGACAGCUUUACUAUGUCAAGCCAGCUGACAGCAGGCAGUCACAAGGACAAAGAUAAACCUCCAAGCCUCUCUGUUGUCCUUGAGACUUUGAGGAAUACCUUGACAGAUUACCAAAACAAGCUGGAAGAUACAUCUAAUGAGCUAAAGAAAAUGAAAGCUUCACGUGAAAAGAUGACAAAAGAGAUUGACUCAUCCAAACAAAAAAUAUGGUCUCAAAGUCAAGAUCUUAAGGAAGCUCAGGAUAACCUGGCUGAUGCCAAUGAAGAGUUAAAUCAUCUACGCACUAAGUGUGCAGACAGAGAGUCUUUAAUAGGCACUUUAAAAAUGGAACUGCAGAAUGUACUUCACUGCUGGGAGAAAGAGAAAGUCUGUGCCACAGAAUCAGAAAAUGAAAUCCAGAAGCUUACCAGGGCUUACCAGAAGGAUACUGAGGAGAAGCUAACUUUCCUCCAUACUUUAUAUCAGCAUUUGGUAGCAGGCUGUGUGCUUAUAAAACAACCAGAAGGCAUCCUGGAUAAAUUCUCCUGGCCUGAGCUUUGUGCAAUCUUGCAGGAGAAUGUUGAUGCCCUGAUCUUAGACCUCAGCAGGGCUAAUGAGAAGAUAUCUCAUCUAGAAUAUAUUUGCAAGAACAAGUCUGAUACCAUGAGGGAACUUCAACAGACCCAGGAAGACACUUUUAACAAAGUGGCUGAGCAGAUGAAAGCACAGGAAAGCUGUUGGCAGAAACAGAAAAAGGAGUUGGAGCAGCAGUACUCAGGACUCCUUGGGGAAGUUCAUGCAAGGGCACAGAAAUAUCAAGAAAUUGCAGAAAAAGCCAAGGAAAGAUGUUCUGUCAUUGAAAAAGCACGAGAGCAGUUGGUCCAUGAAAAUUCACAAUUGAAAAGUAUAUUAAUACAGACACAAAAGGAACAUACGUCUCUGCUGGCUGCCUGUGCACUCAUGGGUGGUGCCUUAUAUCCUCUGUACAGCCGAUUAUGUGCCUUGUCUACACAAAGAGACUUUCUCCAGGAUCAGGUCCACACCUAUGAAGUACUCAAACAGGAAAUUAGGACUCUGGUCUAUGCUUUGUCUGAUGUAGAGGAAAAGAGGCAGGAUGAAGUGAAGAUAAAGAAAAAGCAUUUCAAAGGCAUGAUACAUGUAUUCCGGAAAGGUGUUAUUGCAGUUCUGGCAGCACACAGACUUCAAAUUUUGGGACAGUCAAGUAGCUCUCUUUUCUCCUGGGUAGAUGGUUUCAAAGAAGGCAUAGGAAUCCUAGUUUGCAUAGGAGAGGCCAAGGGGAAACAUUAUCUAUCAAAACACCAAAAGGAACAAGUCCACUGUCUUCAAGCACUCAGCUGGUUUACUAGUUCUGACCUUCUUACUGCAAUAAUCAGUUCGGUGGCUGAAUUACAGGAAGUUGUUAGCAAAACAGAUCCAAAUUCCUGGCUUUGUGGACACUUACUCAUAAGUGCAGCCAGGAAUUCAUUUUCAAAACUCAUGGACAAACUUAAUGUACUAAUGGAGACUGUAGCAGUGGAUAGCUGCAGGACCAUCACAUAUGUAGAGAAGGACUCCUUGGUUCAAAGACUGGCUCGUGGACUUCAUAAAAUAAAUGCACAGGCGCUAAAAGCUGGACUAGGUGAUAGAAUACCCAUUAGAAAAAGCAUAGCAUCCUUGCAGAAGCAAAUAUUUGAAUUUACACAAAGGCUGCACACAGCAGAAGUGGAACGCCGUUCACUACGCUUAGAACUCACAGAAUUCAAACGGAAUUUGAAUGAGAUGAAAAAAGAGGCUGACAAAGCCCAGAGCCUGCAAGAGCAAUUAAAUGCAUUUAAGCAAUCUAAAUUGAUCACCCAUGAGAGGUUUGAAAGUGCAUGUGAAGAACUGAAUAAUGCAUUACAUCGAGAGCAGCAGGCACAAAUGCUUUUGAAUGAACAGGCACAACAGCUACAGGAGUUAAAUUAUAAACUGGAAUUGCACUCAAGUGAAGAAGCGGACAAAAACCAAACCCUAAGUGAAGCUGUAAAGAGUCUCUCCGAGGCAAAGAUGGAGCUGAGAAGAAAAGAUCAAUCUCUGCGUCAGCUCAAUAGACAUCUUUCCCAGCUGGAGCAGGACAAGCGUCGACUGGAAGAGAGCAUCCACGAUGCAGAGAGUGCCCUCCGCAUGGCAGCAAAAGAUAAAGAAUUAAUUGCCAGUCAUAUGAAAUCUGUGGAAGCCACCCUACAGAAGGUCAGAGAUCAGAUCUCGCUGUCACGGACUGCGGCAACCAGGAAUGACUUCACCCUGCAGCUACCCAAACUGCACCUGGAGACCUUUGCAAUGGAAGGGCUGAAGGGCGGGCCAGAGGUUGUAGCAUUUCAGGCUCUGAUUAUAAGUUUUAUGGAUGUCUACCAACUCGCAAGCUCCAGAGUUGCUACACUAGAGAGAGAAAUAGCAUCUCAUCAACAUCACAUUGCAGCCCUGAAAUCAGAACUCCAAACAGCUUGUCUUCGUGAAAAUGAAAGCUUACAAUCGGAAUCACGAGACAGUUCAAACGUCCCUGUGGCUUCAAGAUCAGCACUUCAGCCCGACCAGAGCUGUAUCCCAGAUUUUUUGCCAUUGCAAGCUGAGGCAGAUACAUCUUACAGUUUUAUACACAAUAGACCCCAUUCUCAGUCUUCAUCCUAUUCCUCUGCCCUCAACAUCUCAGCCAGCACCAAAAGAACAAUACAAAAUGGCUUUUAAGACUUUGUAUUAAUUUUAUGAGGAAAAAACUGUAUAAAUUUUAAAUGAUGCAAUUAAAAUGAUAUUUUAUUGGGCUAUCUUACCUUUGAAUUGUGCUCUAACAUGUAUUUUUUGGCACUCAUUUUUACAUUUGUUUGAAAACGGUGAGUGUCUGUUCAUACAUCCAUGUUUCUAUACUUCUCACUCCCAGUGUAGUGAAACAGUCCAGUUUUUAGUUUUAUUUAUCACAGUUGCUCAUUUUUAUGUAAUAUAUUUUUAAAUGUUAAAGAGUGACACAUUUUGGGUAAUUUUCUUCAGACUUAAAAAAAUCAAUAAGCCAUUUUUGUCUCUAUCUAUCAAAGUUGUUUCAUACUUGUCUAUUUUAAAUCAGGACUGCAAUACUUUAAUAGGAUUGAGAGAGCUAUUUGAAAUGUAUGCCAAUGAUUCCUGUCAUUUCAUGGCAGCCCUGCCAUGGUUCACUGAGCCCCCUCUUCUCUCUUGUCAGCUCAACUGAAGACAAGCAUUUAGUUGCAAACUUUAAGCAGGUUGUGCAAAACAGAAAUGAUGUGACUGCUUCUCCUCCUGCACAAUAAUGUCACUCCUGGUCAAUGUGAGAAGGUCAGGUUGCUCCUACAUGAUACCACUUGCCCAUUUGAACAAGUUAAGUUAACUGCUGAAUCUGGUCCCUGCAGGCGUUGAAAACUCAUCCUUUUAUCAAGUCUGCAUUUGAUGAGAAAGUAGAACAAUUGUGCAGGGAGGAUUUCUGAUGACAUGUUUAUGUACCUUAUAAGGACACUUCCCAUACCAGUGUUACAGGAAAUAUAUUUAGUUUAAGCUGAAAUACUUUAAAGUAAUGGCAGUUUUGACCUUCAAAAUAGACUCCUUUUUUGUUGUUGUUGGUAGGACCCAAGAGUGACGCCCAUCUUUGAUGCUGACAGAAUUUAAAGCAAAGCCAUUGCCCUGCAUUUUCUGCCUUGUAGCACACAAAAGUAAAAUUGUAUGUCAGGCCGAGAUGUCGGGGAGCUGACAAGAUGCCCCAGUGACAUUUCAGCUGGAAAGAGCAAGUGUCUUGCAACCAAGUGGUCAAAUAUCAAAUAAUAGGUCAAGCAGGAAGGAGCUGAGUUCUAACCACAAAGAGGUUUCUGGUAACUUACUUGACAAGCUUUUGGGUGCUUUGUGGCUUGACAAAGUGAUGUUCUGUUGGGUAUCGCUAGACAGACUGUUCUUUAUCGCCUUCAGAAGAUCAGACAUUGACAUUGAUUAAACUCUUUAACCCUUAAAGGUUACGUCCUAGCAUCUUGCAUCAUUGUGAGUGAAGAACAAAAGAAAAUUUAUAAUAUACCAUUUGUUUUUGUAUUAAUCACUGAACUCCCUAGUGCUAUUAACGUUUGAUGUGCUAUGUAGUUUUUGACAAAGAUUGAAUGCAAAAUCUAUAUAUUAGAUUGUUUCUUAUUGUGGACCAUUGAUACAUAAUAAAAUUAACAUUGUGGAAUUUGUCUUUCUUGUGCUAUGUUAAAAGUAACAUUUGAUUCUAAGAAUUCUGACUACUGAAAUGUUCUUUAUUUUGCCUGGAAGAUAUUUGCAUACAUAAUACAUACAUUAUAAGAAAAAUCAUGCAAAUUCCCAUUUUCCCUUCUACCAAGAACUCUACUAUCAAUAUUAGGUUAUAGAACCUUGAAACCUACUAGCAAGUUUUCAAGUAUUUUUGAUUUUCAGGUCCCUUAUUUAUAUGUGUAUCUGCGGGCAUUUUGGUGUAGAUCCACACAAACAUAAUAUUUGAGCUAUUUUUAUUUUCAAAAGUACUGAUACAAAAAGUAAAAAUACUCUUUUCUUUAUGAUGUGUUUGGUUUAGAUCGCUUUAGACAGACUUUUCUAUUUACUUCCUAAGACAGCUUCCCUCCUUCCUAACAAUGACUAUUCCUAGUAAAAAUAUUGAAAAUGCCAUACAUUUUUCUCACAUAUGUAAUGUCAAAGGUCUUUUAUACUUGCAUGUAGAGUGACAUAAUACAUUUCACUGAGCAUUUGUUAUAUCUUUUGUGUACGUGGUUUAUAUGUGUGUGCUUACUUUCAAAAAUAGUACCAUUUGAGAGAUCUCAGUCUGAGAUAUACUGUGCAUACUCUUUGGUACACAAACUCAUUAAUGGCUCAAUAAUCAAUAAUCUGGAUCAUCAACAGGAGAAUGCUGCUGCUUUACUUUUCAGGUUGAUAACAAAUUUUCAUGGCCAAGUGAAAAAUUAUAAAGGAGCAGAGAAGAUCCUGCUUGGGCAGAUCUCACCUAAGAGCGUUUUAAAAAGAGAAGGUGCCUCUAUGGCUUUUCCUUCUUCCCCUCUUUGGGAACACUUUGGAGCCCACUGUAUUGGGACUCCAUGCCUUUAGAGGCAGUGAGGGGGGGGGGGGAAAUUACUCAAGCACGUCCGUCCAUAGCCAAUAUCCUAGGUCUAUCUCAAGCUGAUUGUAGGCAGAAUAUAGGUCAGAAAUGGCCUGGGAUAGUGGUGGAUAAAUGCUUGUUUGCCACCACAACUUUCCUCUAAAAGCUUCAUUCCUACUAUUUGAUUCGCUAUUUACAUGAAACUGCUAGGAGAGAUUAUGAGCCUGUGUGGUCUCAAAUGCUAGCAAUAUGUAGAUGACACUCCUCCCUUGUUUAUUGUUCACAUCAUAUGCAAAAACCAACACCGCCCAUUUAUCCUGAAAUCUGGGUGAGGAGUAGCUGGCUGAAGCAAGAAUGAAGUUAUGCUAGUAGGCACAGAGAAACAUUUUAAAGUGCUUCUCAUGACUGUUCAUAUUUCUUCCAGUUGAGGAUGCUUGUUCCCAAAUCAUUGAAGUAGGAUGUAGCAUAAGAGUCUUUCUGUAUUUCUCGCUGAUGCUAGACUUCACAUAACACUGGCUGGAAAAAAACAACCCAGAGAUUAAAUAAUUAAAACUCCAUAAACCUUGGCUUGAAAGCAGGAGCCUGGGAAAAGGCUGCUACUUGUGCUGCUGAUAGUCCAUGUUGCUCAGGAGAAGUGCUGCCACAUUUUGUACAUCACCUUUGUAAUAUGCCACUUAACCUAGUUUUGUAAAGGGAGCCAGAGAAGUAAGUAUGAGAUCUUGAUUCUUACUUACAAAGCCCUCUGAGGUCUGGGCCCAAGAUGUUCAAAAGGACUGCUUCAUUCUUGGGACCUUAACUGCCCUCAGUAGCUCUGUUCCAUGAGAACACUGGAACCUGUCUACCUGGAGCUGGCUCUUAGCACUUUGGAACUUACAUCCACAGGAACAAAGAAUGACCCCAGACUCCCCAGUUGCAGGUCUCAAAUGCUAAGCUUGCUUCUUUGAACUUAUUUUCACACAAAGCAACUGGACUCUGAUUACAAUUUACAUAAGGAUAAUUUAUUAUUGUCCUUGUUGAAAUUGUAAUCAUUUACACCCCCACAAUGGAAAGGAACAUUUAAAUUGUUAAUGUAUAUUAUGUAUGUGUGUUCUCUGGCAAUGUGCGCAGGUAGCAUGAUGAUAGGUAUGGUAUAAGAAACUGAUCAGAAAUAUCUUCUGCGCUCUAACCCCUCACAUUUUGCAAAGGAUCCAGGUGACUGCUAACGGCAGCAUAGCUUCUGCAGCAGCCAUGUGCCUAUGGGGAGGAGCAGCACAGAUGGGCUGACAUUUCCCUACCCAGCAUAUCCCUAGGAUCCAUUUGCUCCCAGCCCAUAAAGAAGCAAUUUGAAGGACACUCAGCAAAGCUCGUCUCACAGAAUUUCACAGUCCAUGCAAUUGUAUGCAGGUAUUGCCCUAGAAAGAUGCAAUUUACCCCCAAGUGCUUCUAUGCCAUCUUUUUUUCUGGGUUUUUACACCCCCUCCCCUUAUUUAUUUAUAAAUUUACACUUGCCAGUUCAGCACAGGCUUUACUAUUAAUCAAGAUGAUAUAUACUAAUAAUGGGAGUUCUCUCCAAUGCUGGAAAAGACCUUGAAGCUCUUCACCAAGUCAGAUCCUUAAAUAGUGAACUUGAGGUCACUCUCUUGUCUCAAGGACUCUCAACUCUAAACUUUCUGAAAGCCCUGCCUGAGUAAAUUGAAAUACAUUGUCAUAUGCAACGUCUUCAUGAAUUAGGUCAGUUUGUGCAGUUGAUCACUUAUAUCAGCAGUUGAUCAUGUUGUUAUCCUAUAGUUUACAUUCUGUCAGUGUUUUCCUUAUGAACCUUUAUGUUUAGUGGUAUAACUUAAUACACAGAAAAUUAUUUUAUCUGACUUUUAAAGUAUGAAAUUGCUUCAUAUUUAUCAGUUAUUUAGCUGUAAACAAGCCAGGUGUACUAGAUUUUUUGCACUUUAUGAGCACAGUUACUUCUGAAUGUUGAAGCCUUUGUGUGAUAUUUCCAUAUAAAACUGAAGUUUUAUUUACAAGAAUCUGUCUAAUACCCUUUUAAUAUCCCACUCCUGCAACAGGAUCUGCACAAGUGAAUCCUUGUAACUGAAUGGAGUCCUGUCGAACUCAGAGCACUUUGCCAUGGAUUCCAGGGUCCUACAUGGAUCUGCUUGCAAUAUCCAGAACCAUGGGGAACAUGGUUCAAGGAGUAUUCUGUUUUAUACAGUGUUAUCUACUGUAGUCAAAGAUCCCAAUUUUUUAAAAAAGUGUUAUUACUUUAGUCUUUAAACCAGUUCUUUACUGGUAGUUCACUGUGACGUUUCUGAAGUUCAUUAGGCUACCAUUUUUUAUUUCAAGUGCUGUAUUACAUACAAUGGCACAAGAAAAUAAAAAGCUAUGGAAAAAUUUCUUUAGAAUUAGGUAUCUCUCAAGAAGGUUAUUCUAAGAGAGAUGAAUCUGGAUAUAGGAGACAACUUUCAUGUUCCCACUGUUUAUUCACUGCUUGUAUGUUUCCCCCUUCUCCUUGCUAUUCUAUAAUUCCGUGGAAUAGGAAAUUGGCAUUUUCUGUAUUACAUCAUCAGCAUUUGUGUAGCUCUGUUAUGUCUGUGAUCCAGGGGUGGUUUGUUUGAAGUCC